AUGUUCGUAUUGGCAUUACUUGAAGAUACGGUGGUAAUAAAACCUCAUGAGCUUGGAGAAGAUGUAGAAUCGGUGUUAAUCCGUCGAAUUAAUCAACGACUUUCGAAUAGAAUCGUGCCAGAAUUGGGUUUAUGUAUAUGUGCUUAUGAUCUCUUGGAAGUAGGUGUGAUAUAUAUUCUCCCUGGCGAAGGAAGUGGCCACACUCGAGUUAAAGCUUUGGCCGUAAUAACUGGAACAAAAGUAGCUUACUUUCAGUUCCGCUUAGUGGUUUUCCGACCUCAUAUUGACGAGGUGAUUGAGGCACGUGUCAUCUUCUCUAGCAGUCAGGGUUUGAAACUUUCAGUGGAUUUCUUUGAGGAUAUUACUAUACCUGCUGAUCGACUACCAGAACCGCAUGUUUUUGAACAAAGCGAACAGGUUUGGUACUGGGAGUAUCCAUCAGAAAAUGGUGAGCCACCCGCUAAACUAUAUAUGGAUCCUGGAAAGAUAGUUCGGUUUCGCGUGGUGCAAAACAUAUUUAAAGAUGUUAAGCCAAACCUCACACCAGAGGAAGCCCAAACUGAAAAAUCAUACGAAAUUAUUGGUACGAUGGUCGAAACAGGAUUGGGUUGUGUUGCAUGGUGGUCGUCGACGGGUGAUGACAUUACAGAUGAAGUAGAGGAAAUGGAUGAAGAGUAG